UUUUAUAGCGAUCUACCAUAUGGUCACACAGUAACUCGCGUUAUUUAUUUUCUUGUUUUAAUUCUAUUUUAUUUAAGUUAAACAAAGCGCACAAAACAGUUUUAAGUAAAAAAUGAAUGUCCUGCUCCGUUGUACGUUCCUGCUGCUCACCCUGGCCAUAUGUGGCAGCUGGGCCAUUCGAUGCUACCAGUGCUCCUCCGACCAGGAUCGCAAGGGACACGACAGCUGUGGCGCCUACAAGAGAUUCAACCGCACCGAGCACAUUUCCAUUGAGUGCAACAGCGACGAGAGCCACAUGCCAGGAUCCUUCUGCAUGAAGGUGGUGCAGCAGGGACCGAGAGGAUUCAUCUGGGACGGUCGUUGGCGCCAGGUGAUCCGACGAUGUGCAUCCGUUUCCGAUACCGGAGUGGUUGGCGUCUGUAACUGGGGAGUCUACGAAAACGGAGUGUACUGGGAGGAGUGCUACUGCUCCAGCGACAGCUGCAAUGGUUCCAGCUUAGUUCAAAUGCACGGAUCCCUGCAGCUUCUGUUGGGACUCCUGUUGAUUGGCGUUGCCUCCAGAAUAUUUAGAAGUUAAUAGGAAAACCAGGCUUAUCCUCACCACAAACGAAACACGCAAUAAGUGCCUUUUCGCCACUCCACAUGAUAUCUAAGCUAGGAUUGACUUUUGAUAUCAAAAACACAUUCCGUCCACCUUUUUCCUGCCUAUAAUUAAGUCGAAAAGUUGAAAACAUUUUAAUCGUAUAGGUACAUUAGUUAUCUACAAUAUCCAAACAAGAGGCAGGUAAAUUUACAGACCAAAACUAGCUAAAAUAUUUAAAUGAAAAGUAACGUUAAACAAUUGUAAAUUUCCUAUGUCGCUUGUACUUUUUAUAUAGUUAACUUAAUGAACAUGUUUUCAAAAUGAUUUUACUACAUUUGAUUUUUAAAAAAUGACCAUUCCGAAAAUGCUUACGUUUGACAUAUUUAUUACUAGUAUUUACCUGCCAUAUCCGAAUAACCACUACCAUAUCGAAAAACCAGUAAAUUGUACACACAGAAUAUGAAAAUAUAUACUAUAUUAAGAGUAUU